UUUUCCUCCUUGCAGAUGCUGCCCUCCUGGAUCGUCGGCCUCCUCCUGCUGGCCACAGUCAGAGGAAAGGAGAUCUGCUAUGCACCUUUCGGCUGCUUCUCCAAUGAAAAACCAUGGGCCGGGAUCCUUCAACGGCCCUUGAAGUUAUUUCCCUGGUCCCCCAAGGACAUUAACACCCAGUUCCUUCUGUACACAAAUGAGAAUCCGAACAACUUCCAACGGAUCUCCUCCACAGACCUAGCCACCAUCGAGGCUUCAAACUUCCGACUGGACCGCAAGACGCGCUUCAUCAUCCACGGCUUCAUAGACAAGGGGGAGGAGAGCUGGCUGAUCAACAUGUGCAAGAAUAUGUUUCAAGUGGAAGAGGUGAACUGCAUCUGUGUGGACUGGAGACGUGGGGCCAAGACACAGUACACCCAGGCUGUCCACAACAUCCGCGUCGUCGGAGCCGAGAUCGCUUUCUUACUACAAGAGCUGUCGACAGAGAUGAAGUACAGCCUCCAGAAUGUGCACCUCAUCGGCCACAGCCUGGGCGCGCACGCGGCCGCCGAGGCUGGCAGGAGGCUGGGGGGCCGCGUGGGCCGGAUCACAGGGCUGGACCCGGCAGAGCCCUGCUUCCAGGGCACGCCCGAGGAGGUCCGGCUGGACCCAUCCGACGCCAUGUUUGUAGAUGUGAUCCACACAGAUUCUGCGCCCAUAGUCCCUUCCCUAGGUUUUGGAAUGAGCCAAACGGUGGGCCAUCUGGAUUUCUAUCCAAAUGGAGGGAAACAAAUGCCUGGAUGUAAGAAGAAUAUCCUUUCGACCAUCGUUGAUAUAAAUGGCAUAUGGGAAGGGACCCGAGACUUUGUAGCCUGCAACCACCUGAGAAGCUACAAGUAUUACGCAAGCAGCAUCCUCAACCCCAACGGCUUCCUGGGCUACCCGUGUGCAUCCUACGAUGAGUUUCAGGAGAAUAACUGUUUCCCUUGUCCAGCCGGUGGAUGCCCCAAAAUGGGGCACUAUGCUGACCAGUUUCAGGGGAAAACCAGUGCUGUGGGACAAACGGUUUUCCUGAACACAGGAGAGAGUGGUAACUUUACUAGCUGGAGAUACAGGGUGUCAGUCACACUGGCUGGGAAAAAGAAAGUGCGUGGCUACAUCAGGAUUGCUUUAUACGGAAGUGCUGGAAACUCAAAGCAAUUUGAGAUUUUCAAAGGGUCCCUCAAACCAGAUGCCAGUCAUACACGUGACAUUGAUGUGAACCUCAAUGUUGGAAAAGUCCAGAAGGUCAAGUUCAUCUGGUACAACAACGUGAUAAAUCUCUUCCGGCCCACUCUGGGGGCUUCCCACAUCACAGUGCAAAGUGGCGAAGAUGGGACUGAGUAUCACUUUUGUGGUGAUGACCCAGUGAAAGAAGACGUUUUACAGUCUCUUCACCCUUGUUAA